GAAGCUGCUCGUUCGUCCCCCCCCCCCCCCCCCUCCUCCUCCUCCUCUCCCUCCCUUUCUCGCCGCCCUCCGCCUCCUCCUCCCGUGGCGGUGCCGACGCGUGGACGCGGCACACAGACAGACAGACCCGGCACCCACGGACGCACACACGCACCCACAUACAUGCGCGCGCCCGCCGCCGCCGCACGCUCUCGCCCACACAACCCGCGGGGAAGGAAGGAACCGGACGCCCCGCAGCCCCCACCGCCACCACCGUCAGGAGCCACCACCACCACCGCUACCACCACUACCACUACCGCCGGCUUUUGUCUGCCGCCCCCGCCGGGAGCCGACCCUCCGCUCGGCCGGCGUCCGCCCGGCAGCAUGGACGCGGAGCUCUGAGAGCCGCGAGAGGGACCCGCCGGGGGGCGGAUUUUGAAGUUUGAACAAGGAUUUUGAUCGCUUCCCUUUCCCCCCUCCCCUUCCCCUUCUCCCCUCCCCGGUGCGGUUCAAUCCCUUCCCCCACCUUUCCUGACAGGUUUCCCCCCCAACCCCCCUUUCAAUUUUUUUUUUUUUUUUUGGUAAUCCCUUGCGUGGGGUUGGAUUUUAUUAUUAUUAUUGAUUUUAUUUGGUGUACCCGUCUCUACCGCACGUAGAGACCGGUUCUCCCCGCCGCCCAGCGCCGCCACCCCCGGACCCGCGGGGCUGCCAUGGAUCGCACCGGCGGCUCCGGCGGGGGCAGCGACCGCAGGCAGACCGAGGAGAGCAAACCGCUGCUGGGCGAGAUGUCCGCUCCCGAGGGGAAUAAAAUGGGUGCCGCGCCGUGCCGGAGAGCCUUGCUCCACUGCAACGGCAUGAGGUACAAGCUGCUGCAGGAGGGGGACAUCCAGGUGUGUGUCAUCCGGCACCCCCGGACGUUUCUCAGCAAGAUCCUCACCUCCAAGUUCCUGCGGCGGUGGGAGCCUCACCACUUGACCCUGGCGGACAACAGCGUCGCCUCGGCCACGGAAGGACGUAAAGGUAAAGAUGGAUUUUGUGCUCUGCCCUGGAGGAACUGGGAACCAGCCUGCCAGAACAAGGAGAGCUGGAGUAUAAACAGUGUAUCUCCCACUACUACACAUCCCAUCCCUCGAUCUCUGGGGACAGCAUGCAAGCCAACUGGGUACAUGGAAAACUCCAUUUCCUACAGUGCUAUUGAAGAUGUUCAACUGCUCUCCUGGGAGAACGCCCCUAAGUACUGUUUACAGCUCACAAUCCCUGGGGGUACUGUCUUACUGCAGGCUGCCAACAGUUACCUGAGGGAUCAGUGGUUCCAUUCUUUGCAGUGGAAGAAAAAGAUUUACAAGUACAAGAAGGUGCUCAGUAACCCCGGCCGCUGGGAGGUGGUGUUGAAGGAGAUCAGGACGCUGGUGGACAUGGCACUGACAUCUCCCCUUCAGGAUGAUUCCAUUCACCAAGCACCACUGGAGAUUGUCUCAAAACUGCUCUCAGAGAACAACAACUUAACCACUCAAGACCACGAGAGCAUUAUUGUGGCAAUUGCACCUUUGCUGGAAAACAACCAUCCUCCUCCUGACCUCUGUGAAUUUUUCUGCAAGCACUGCCGAGAGCGCCCGCGGUCCAUGGUCGUGAUAGAAGUGUUCACACCGGUGGUACAGAGGAUUCUCAAACACAACAUGGAUUUUGGGAAGUGCCCUCGGUUGCGGCUGUUUACUCAGGAGUAUAUUCUUGCUUUGAAUGAGCUGAAUGCUGGAAUGGAGGUGGUGAAGAAGUUUAUUCAUAGCAUGCAUGGUCCAACUGGACAAUGCCCCCAUCCCAGAGUCCUGCCCAAUCUUGUAGCUGUCUGCUUAGCAGCCAUUUACUCAUGUUACGAGGAAUUUAUCAACAGUCGAGACAACUCGCCAAGCCUGAAGGAAAUCCGGAAUGGGUGCCAGCAGCAGUGUGACCGAAAGCCCAAUCUCCCCCUCCGCCUUCUCCACACGAGUCCUGACCUGGUCUCUCAAGAGGCCACCUUGACUGAAUCCCGUCUCAAACCUGUUAUUGUCACCUCAAAUGACAUCCACGUGGAAGUGGAACGUAACAACACGGCUAACCAGAAGCUGACAGCCAACGUGGGCAACGACAGCGAGCCCAACCUGAUUGACUGCUUGAUGGUCAGCCCUACCUGCAGCACCAUGAGCAUUGAGCUGAGUGCCCAGGCAGACAGGAUCCUUGGCUGUUACGUGGAAAUACUCAAGAUGCUGUCAGACUAUGAUGACUGGAGACCAGCUCUGGCCAGCUUGCUUCAACCUAUCCCAUUUCCCAAGGAGGCUCUUGCACAUGAGAAAUUCACAAAGGAGCUGAAAUAUGUGAUUCAGAGAUUUGCAGAAGACCCGAGGCAAGAAGUCCACUCAUGUUUGCUGAGUGUGAGGGCUGGCAAGGACGGCUGGUUCCAACUCUACAGCCCUGGAGGAGUGGCAUGUGAUGAUGAUGGAGAGCUGUUUGCCAGCAUGGUAUGUGUCUGCAAUAAUGUUCAUAUUUUAAUGGGAUCCUGUUAUAAAACAAAGAAGUUCCUGCUUUCGCUGGCAGAAAAUAAAUUAGGACCUUGCAUGCUACUGGCUUUGAGGGGCAACCAGACAAUGGUAGAGAUUUUGUGUUUGAUGCUGGAAUACAACAUCAUCGAUAACAACGACACCCAGCUCCAGAUCAUCUCUACCCUGGAAAGCACAGACGUGGGAAAGAGAAUGUAUGAACAGCUGUGUGACAGGCAGAGGGAGUUAAAAGAGCUGCAAAGAAAAGGUGGUCCCACGAGAUUAACACUGCCAUCCAAGUCCACAGAUGCAGACCUGGCCCGCUUGCUAAGCUCGGGAUCUUUUGGAAAUUUGGAAAACCUCAGCCUGGCCUUUACCAAUGUGACGAGUGCUUGUGCUGAGCACCUCAUUAAACUGCCUUCACUCAAGCAGCUGAACCUGUGGUCAACUCAGUUUGGAGACGCAGGGCUACGGCUUCUGUCUGAACACCUCACCAUGCUGCAAGUGCUCAACCUGUGUGAGACUCCGGUCACCGACGCGGGGCUGCUGGCACUGAGCUCCAUGAAGAGCCUGUGUAGUUUAAAUAUGAACAGCACCAAACUUUCAGCAGAUACCUACGAAGAUCUCAAGGCUAAACUACCCAACCUGAAAGAAGUGGAUGUCCGCUACACUGAAGCAUGGUGAACUCUUCUUGCCUCCAACUCUUUUGCUUCUCGUGAGGGAAGGAAAAGAUUUUUAAAACAAACAGAGAAAAAAACAAAACCAACACAAAACCAAACCAAACCGGAAAAAAAAAAACUUUUGGCUAAUUCCUGUAGAGCAAUGAGUCCUGGGACUUGGUGGUAGGAGUCGUGGUUGUGGGGUAGAGGAGUGGUGUUGUGUGUGUUGGGGUGUGGGGGGACGGGGCAAGCCUGGACCCAGCCAGAUUCUUUCAGCUUUGUGAUUUUGGAAUCAAGAUAAUUUAAAUCGAAAAGGAGAAAAAAAAAAAAAAAAGACUUUGUAGCAGCAA